AUGGACAAUUUCAUGGGCUGGGCCAAAAGACCAUCCUCGACGCCAACGAAUACUUUGCCUAUUUACACUGCACAAGCUGCACCGCGUGCUCAAAUCUCAUCUAUAGAUGAAGCGAGGAACGAGUUUCACCGAAACGGUAUCGACUCUCCCUAUGAACCAGAGGAGACACCUAGACCUAGCAGUAAGGACACUUCUAAUUGUAAACAUUUACAAACUAGGCUGCUAAUACUUUGUCCUUAUCAUACUGUCAGGACUGGUAAAAUACACAAGUACUCUUUGUUCGCAGACCUUACAGGGUUCGGUCCUCCACGGCAGUAUCUCAAACAGAUGUCGUGUCCAGUGGAACGCUUUGUAGAAUCCAAUCCAUAUCAAAACUUUCCUUCCACUGUCAACGACGUGACGACAUCAACAGCAACGCCGUUCUACCAAGCUCCCUCUUUUUCGCCAGAGCAGCAACAGAAUGUAUUCAAUCUAAACCAGGAGAAAGUGUAUUGGAACUUUCCACAGCCGAAUGAGUUCGUUCCCAGACAGGAUAUAUCUCGCUCAUACGCCCCGACCGUUGAAGAGAUUUAUUUGUAUAAUGAUACUCUGACAUCGCUUUGGAACACUGGGAGCAAUUCUGUACCCGUUGAUAAAAUAAAACCCUUUGAACCCGGGCACAACACAUAUGCACCAUUUGCAUGUGGCCUCGAUAGUCAGUCAUAUCCAGCUAAGUUAAGUACUCCAAACGUUCAGGAAUCACCAAUUCAAUUUAAGCCCAGCGGUACAGCUAUGACAUUUUUCGAACAGGAAUCUGUAAACGUUCCUAUACAAAACGAACCGUUGGUACCAAACACUACACCCGAGGCUAGCUUGAAAGAGAAUGAGGUUGAUCAAACUUCCAACGAUCCACCCAAGACCACUGAAGACCAAUCCGAGACGCCAAAGAGAAAAUCUUCUAUUGAAGGGUUGGACAUGUUUGAACAUUUGAAAAACAUGAACGUGGAUCUGAACAAUAUAACUCCAGAACAGCUCGAGGCCGCGUUACCAAUAAUCUAUUUAAUCAAGGGCCUUGAAAAUCAUUACAUGUUCCAGAAAAAGAAGUUACCGCAGUAUUGCAGAUUCUGUAGAAACAAUGGGGAGCGUGAAACUGUAUGUAAAUCCCAUGUUCUGCGCAUUGAGGGGCGUGUAACGUGUCCAAUCCUAAGGGCUUUGAAAUGUACCAAGUGCGGUGCCCAUGGCGACGAUGCACACACUAUUAAGUAUUGCCCACUAGCCACCCCCGAAGAACGUAAAGUAAGCACAAUGUUGAUGCAGAGCAGGCGACACUCGUCGGAGCGCCGUCGUAACCCUAGACCACUGUCUGGCGAGUUUCCACUAGAAUCGGCUAGGUUCGCGCCUACACAUUCCUACAGGGAAGUAUCAAGAGAUGCACCAAGAGAUGGCGCUGAUCGCAACUGUAACAAUAAUUUACAAUUACACCCUUUAUGGGCGGAAUUAGAACAUUACUUGGAACGCCAAACUGUCUAA